AGGAGAGAGAGUGAUAGAAAACAGAAACAAAGAACUAUUUUUAGAUAGAGAAAACAAGAGAGAGAAUUUUUUUUUUCUUUUCCCUUUCUCCUUUUCAGAGUAUGAUGGUCGAAGAGAGUUUUCACCUCUGAGAUCAUCCUGGAAAAGGGCAGUCAAGAAAAUCACGCACAAAUUCUUUGCAUUCGAUUUCUAUCUUCUAAUUAUUAUUAUUUUUUUAAUUCAAGCUGCCAUUGUGAGUGUCACAACAAAUUCAUUUAUUUAUGAUCUGCCACCUUUUCUAUUUACUGCAUUUCUUGAAAAAAUUCUGCAGGAAAAGGAUUUAAAUUACAGGCUGCUAAUGAAUUCGUUGUAUCAUCAUCGACUGCCCUUUUUCCCUCUUCUUCAGCCAAAAAUUCAAUCUUGGAGAUAAUUCAUUGAGCCAGUUUAUGCGACUUUUCAUGAAAAGGGAGAAGUAAUAGGCCUAAUUUAAUAAUAGUUGAAGAUGAGAGAUCCCAAUUCGAUCACUACGUUGAAGAAGGAUAAUAUAGAUUCUUCUGUUUGUUAUAUAGUUUGUGCCUUACAAUGAAUUUGUAGUUGUGCAGUUUUAUUGGUUUUGUCAGAUUAAAUUGUAGUUGUUUUUACAUUAUUUGUGUUGUGUCCGAGUAAGAAAUUGUAAUUGUUGUCGAGUUCCGAGUAAUUCUGCAUUGCUCGGAGGGUUAUUUUGCACAAGAAAACUGGCGAUUUUGUAUUGCAACUUGUAUAGAGUCCUGGCUGUUGGCAGAAAUCAGAACUGCCUGCACCAUUGUGACGUAUGGUUUGGCAAGCAAUGGAGGGUAGAUGGACGACUAGUCGAAUCCAGUUAUCAAGUUUUUUUCUUUUGAUUCUCUUUUUGGAGAUUCAGGUGGGCUGUUCUCUCAAUUCUGAAGGAUUAGCAUUGCUGGAAUUCCGAGCAAGGGUAGAAUGCGAUCCGUCUGGAGCUUUAACAAAUUGGAAUCCUAAUGACUGUGAUCCAUGCACCUGGUCGGGUGUUCAUUGUCUGAAUGGUGAAGUGUAUAAGUUGGAUCUCAAUGGACUGUACUUGCAAGGAAUAUUAGCUCCUGAGCUUGGAAAUCUUACUCAUUUAAGAUUCCUUAACCUCUCCAAGAACCAUUUUUCGGGCACAAUCCCUCCUCAGUUUGGGCAGCUUAAGAAACUGGAAGCGCUGGACUUGAGGAAUAAUAAUCUGAAAGGAUCAAUUCCUGCAGAAUUAGGCGGAUUACAUUCACUGAAACGCUUGUUUCUUUGUAACAACAGAUUUGAAGGAAGCUUUCCUCCUGAGCUUGGGAAGUUUAAUUCGCUUGCAGAUUUACAAUUUGAUGAGAAUCUUGAAACUGCUACUGAUGCUGGAAUUGACUGUGUGAAUAGAAAAAUUGGUCACUGCACGUGGCAGAGUGGUCAGAAACCAUCAACGAAGCGAGAUUCAUUUCUGAUAUCAAUUAGAGAGAUCCUAAUCCACCACUUCAAUCUGUUCCCUUUGUUUGGAUGCAAAUCAUUGCACAAUUAUGCUGAUAAUAGCUGUAGCAAUCUACCAAGUGCUCUUGAGCCUUAUGUCGUCGAAAAAGUCAAGAACCUAACGAACAAUGCACGUCGUAUACUAGUGGAACAGUCAAGUAACCUUGCAGCUGCCCCUGCCAGCAUUAGUUUGCCAUCAGAUCCUAUCAUUGCUCUUCCAAGCAGCAGGAGUAGCGGAUCAUUUCCAGCUAUACCAAAUAGGAAGGAACCACCUCCUGUUCCCGUACCAUCACCCACUCCACCUCCACAAAACCAGCCACGUAACACAACUAAUCCUCCUUCGGAUUCGUCUGGUGCUGUAAGUAAACCAACGGAUAAACAAUCUUAUGACGGUGAAAAAUCCAAGAAUUCAUGGAAGUAUAUCGUUGGGAUUGCAAGUGCAGUUUUCCUGCUAAUUUUUGUGGUAGCCAUCAUUGUCAUAUGCAGAAGCAGAGCAGCCCAAAAACUAAGUCCUUGGAAAACUGGAUUGAGUGGGCAGUUGCAGAAAGCAUUUGUUACAGGGGUUCCAAAGUUAAACAGAGCUGAGCUAGAAACUUCAUGCGAGGAUUUCAGCAAUAUUAUUAAUACAUAUGAAAAUAUAGCAACUGUGUACAAGGGAACUCUAUCUAGUGGAGUAGAGAUUGCUGUUGUUACAACUGCUAUAUCAUCUCUGAAAGAUUGGUCUAAACAUUGUGAAUUGACAUUCCGAAAGAAGAUUGACAUGCUGUCGCGAGUGAAUCACAAGAACUUUGUUAAUCUUAUUGGAUACUGUGAAGAGGAUGAACCUUUUACAAGGACGAUGGUUUUGGAGUAUGCUCCAAAUGGCACUCUUUUUGAGCAUUUGCACGUUAAAGAACUUGAACAUCUUGACUGGAAUGCAAGGAUGAGAAUAAUCAUGGGGAUAGCUUAUUGCAUUCAGUACAUGCAUGAUCUGAAUCCACCGCUGGCACAUUGCAACUUGACUUCCAAAAUCAUAUUUUUGACAGAUGAUUAUGCUCCUAAAGUUGCAGAGAUCGAUUUUUGGAAAGAACUCAUAGCUAAGUCAAAGAAUUUGGAGAAUAACUCCGAGCAUUGUGAACUGCCACCACUUGCUGACGGAGAAACAAAUGUUUACAGUUUGGGAAUAUUAUUGCUUGAAAUAAUCUCUGGAAAGCUUCAAUACUCCGAAGACCAAGGGCCUCUCAUUAAUUGGGCUUCUGAAUACUUGAAUGAUACGAGGAAGAUCAGCAACUUGAUUGAUCCAUCCCUAAAGUCCUUCAAAGAUAGCGAACUUGAUGUUGUGUGUGAAGUAAUCCGAAGUUGCGUUCAACAAGAUCCACGAAAGAGGCCAACAAUGAAAGAAAUCGUUCAAAAAUUGCGGGGAGUGAUUGAUGUAUCGCCUGAGGCAGCAGCACCAAGACUUUCUCCCCUCUGGUGGGCUGAGCUUGAGAUCUUAUCACAAGAAGCGGCUUAAGUUUACUUCGUAUAUAGGAUGUAAGUCAAUUAUAUUUCAUUUUACUUAACUUUUUUUCUUCAAAAAAAUGCUAAAAGAAAUCACAACUUUAUUUCCUUUUUAUUUCAUUAAUUUGUUGUGUCAUUCUCCUCAUUCAUACUAUUUAUUUCUUUAAUGAUGUUAUCACCUUGGAACAAGUAUAUAUGUAAUAUGAUACUAUAUAUGUGUUUUGUGAGAGAAAAAUGGUAUGUAAAUUAAAGGCAAUAU